AUGCAACUUCAGAAUCGCGGUUGCCUUUUGGUUUUUUGGUUCCAUUUUGAUGGCGUGUGGAUUCUUGUGUUGGAUCAUCUUGGAGAGUUGGCUUAUAACUAUAUAUCUCGGACAAGAAGAAGUUUGGUAACUGCCUGCCAGAUCCGUAGAACAUGGGUUUCAAAGAAGAUAAAAGUAUCAUCAGUCAAUCUUUCUGAUAUAUCGAGUCAAAGCAAAAGCUAA